AUGGGCAGUGGCGCUAUGAAGCACGCGCUUCAGCCUGCAGGUGAGAAAGCCGCAUCCAGCCCUGCAGCCACGGCUGUGACGGCUGUGACGGAAGCGACGGAGGUGAUGGAGGAGGAGGAAGAUGAGGAGGCCAUCUAUGAGGCGCACCGUGAAGAGCUUCUGGCGAUGCUGCGAAGCGGGGGCCAGGCCAAGCUGCAAGCGCGAACACCAGGCGGCGUGGGCCUUCUGAAUCAGGGCGCCACUUGCUACAUGAACUCCCUCUUGCAGUCCUUGUUCAACAUCCCCGAGUUCCGAUUGGCGGUGUACCAAUUUGAGCAUGACCCACAGCUACACGGAGAUGCUGCUCGCUGCAUCCCCAUGCAGCUCCAGCGGCUCUUCGCCCAGCUGCAGCUCUCCAAAGCCUCGGCGGUGUCCACCAAGGAGCUGACCGCCGCAUGUGGCUUCUCAGGCCGGGAUGCCAUGGAGCAGCACGACGUGCAGGAGCUCUGCCGAGUGCUGUUCGACGCUCUGGAAAAGUCUUCCUCACUGCUCGCGAAGGUCAUCCAAGACCUGUAUGCUGGCCAAAGGACAUACUACAUCAAAUGUCGCGAGGAAGUCGAUGGCAAUGCCUACGAAAGCAAGCGGAGGGAAACAUACCUCGACUUGCAAAUUCCGAUUCAAGACUGCAAAAGCUUACCGGAAGCUUUGCACAAGUUCUUGGAGCCGGAGGUGCUCUCCGGGGACAAUCAGUGGUUUUGCGAGCAGCUGGGGCGGAAGGUGGAUGCUUUGAGUGGCACCACUGUGGAUUCAUUGCCUCAGAUCCUGUGCCUGCACUUGCUGCGCUUCGUGUUCGACAUGCAAACGGCCCGGCGGCGGAAGCUCACAGAGCUCCUGGAGAUUCCGCUGGACCUGGACCUGGGCUUCAUGAAGGGCGGCCAGUACCACUUGUCCGCAGUCUGCCUGCACAGUGGCACAGCCCACGGUGGCCACUACCAUUCCUUCAUCCGAGACCCGAGCGGCGAAUGGAAGGAUGCCAAUGACUCCAGGGUCACCAUCCUCGGGCAGCAGCAGUGUGACAGCCUCUUCUCUGGGGAGAGGCCGGCGCUCCACUCCUCAGACGCCUACUUCUUGCUCUACCGGGCCGAGGGCGCCGGAAGCCCACCGAAAGUGCAGGAUGGCGAGGUGCCGGGCCGCGCGGAGAUUUUCGAGGAGAACCAGCGCCUGCAACAGCUGCAGCGGGUCUACGAGCUUCACCGGCGACUGCUGGAGGUGAAGAUCUUCGUGCCCUGCGCGGCCGAGCUCUUCCUCCGCAGCUACGUCAGCGCGCAGCUGCACGGCCUGGUGGAGCCAGUGGAGGCCCAGGAGAUGUGUGUGAGCAUCAAAACCCUGGACCGGCAGCCUGAGUCCCUUCUGAGAAGGGCGCAGAAGGCUCUCUCCGAAAUGGAUGCUGACUGGGCAAAGGUCCCAUUGGCAAGUGCGAGACUCUACGAGCUGGACCGACGGGGCCUGCCUGGGCGCCCGCUGGAGGAGCUGGAGCAGGUCAAGGAGCUGCUGCUGUGUGAGGGCAGCGACUGGGGCGGCCUGGAGCCCACCUUCCUCUGCCUCUGGGACAACGAGCUGACGGCCCCCAGCACGGCCCCCGGCCGCGUGGCCGCCCUGCGCCUCGCCACGGAGCCCAAGGCGGCCAAGGCGGCGUCGGCUGAACUUGCCAGCGCUCAAGCUGGCUACAACGACCAGGUGAAAGGCCUUGAGGAAACCUACGAGCUCGGACAAGAAGAGAUGCCGGACCUGUUUGCCGACACAGCCCCGACAAGGCCGGUAGGCGGAUCGGCAUCCCCACUUUUGCGGGAUGUGCGGUUGGCAGCGGCUGCCAGAUGGAGCCUGCCAGUGGAUGGCGUUGUCUUGGUGGCCAUGUCUGGGAUGCAGGCGGGCCAUGAGCUGAAGGACGAUGCGGCGACGCUGCUCGAGUGUGGCUGUGCUCCUGGCGACGUGCUAUGCGUAGAGCUGAUGGAGGGCCCAGGAGUGCCUCGGGCGGUGCAACUCUUCGAGGAGAAGCGCAACACUGCACAAGUGUUCUUCAAUCACCCGGACAGGCCGCAGUACACCGAGGAGUUCCCAGCCUUGGCCAUCAGCAAAGACGCGAGCCUUGAGCAGCUCAAGGGCCGCAUCGCGGCGCAGCUGCAGCUGGCGCCUGGGAGUCUGCACCUGGCGCGGUCCCAGCACGCGCCUGCCAUGUUCAAGGACGAGACCCGGAGCUUGCGCCAGGCAGGUCUGGCGGAGGCGGGAAGCGUUUUCGUGGGCCAUGGGGCGCCCUGCGCCCCAGAGGAGGUGCUGCUGAAGGUCGUGCUGUACUGCUACGACAAAGGCAAGCCACUGCAGGUGCGAGAUGCCUUUACCUUCCCAGCGCGCGGGGAUUCCUCGGUGAGGAGCUUGCGGGAGGCCUUGCUCCAGCCUCUCGCCACUUGGGCCAAGUCCCAGGCAGAUUUGGAGGUGGAGAUUCCCUCCACCUGGAAGCGGCUGCGACUCCGCGAUUUCCAGGCAGGCAAAGGCCACGCCAUCCUCCGCGACCUGCGGACUCUGAGGAGCGCGCUGCUGGGACUGUCAGAUGGUCGCCAGGUUGCUGUUCAGGUCAUGGAUCAGGACGAGGAACUCGGCUUGGACGACAUGGUGAUUCUGCUGCGGCCAUGGCGUGUGCAAGAGGCGCGACUUUAUGCUCCCAGCGAGCUGGUCGUCACCAAGAACCAGUCGCUUGCAGAAUUUCAGGACAAGCUCACCGAGCGCUUCAAGGGCUUGCUGAAAGGUGGCGAAGAAGACAAGGAGAAUGCCCUGCCAACAGAGGAUUCGCUGGAGAUCGUUGCAGCACACGCCACUGGCCCGCCUCUGACGGUGAAGCGCUGUGAGACGCUCAAGUGGGCGGACUCCCGGCUGUCCCCUGGCGCCGAACGCGUGGAAAAGCCACUGGCGGACUUCAAGGAGGUCCGUGACGGCGUCACGCUGGUGGUCCGCUCCCGGGCCGCUGAGGCGCCGGCCGCACAGGCGGUGCCAAAGAAGGGCACGGGCAAAGGGCCUGCGACGGCUGCGACAGCUGCAGCGGCGGCAGCCGAAAAGAAGAAGUCGAAGCCCUGGGCCAGUGCACAGGCGUCUGGUCGGGAACGCGGUCUUGUGAUCCAGGUGUCCCAUCCAGAGGCAUGCGCGGAAGACCAGUCUGUGCCGCCAGUGUGA